GUUGAAGUGUAGGGUUGUUUAGAAAGGCGUUGUUGUUUGCUCAAAUUAGGGUUUACAACUUUCAAAAGGCAUUUUAUCGGCUGAUUCUGCUUUCUCUGAAAUUGUUUGGAGUAGGAUCACUAGAAGCUAACGCGGAUGGUUCUACAAAACGAUAUCGAUCUGCUGAACCCACCAGCUGAGCUUGAGAAGAGGAAGCACAAGCUCAAGCGUCUUGUUCAAUCUCCCAACUCGUUUCUCAUGGAUGUCAAGUGCCAAGGCUGCUUUAACAUUACGACAGUGUUCAGCCACUCGCAGAAGGUUGUGGUGUGUGCAAACUGCCAGAAUGUGCUGUGCCAACCCACAGGAGGAAAGGCAAGGCUCACUGAAGGUUGCUCUUUCAGGAAAAAGUUAUGAAGAUGACUCUGCCACAUUUUUUUCCUUUUAGCUUCUUCUUCCUUGUAGUUUCUUUUAUGAAUUUUGAAUGCUUUUUGAGCUAGUAAAAUCUAUGACUUGGGAGUUUGAAGCGUGAGUUGAUUAAAAGUUUGCUCGUUUAUCAAUGGAUUUAUUACAUCUGA